GUGUGUGUGUGUGUGGAGUCACGUGGAGCCCUCCUCGGUUCUGUCCAAACAGAACGUGAGCUGCUGUUGAAGCGCCGCUCGGUGCUAAACCGAUUCAUGUUGUUUUUCUAGCCACCCGUCCCUUUAAACUAGACCAUUUUAUCGAAGAAUGAGUGAUAACGAUGACAUCGAAGUCGAUAGUGACGAAGAAUCACCGAGAUAUCACUCUGUGGCAGACAAACGGGCACACCACAAUGCGCUGGAGCGCAAACGUAGGGACCACAUCAAAGACAGCUUUCACAGCCUCCGGGACUCGGUACCUGCCCUGCAGGGAGAAAAGGUUGGUAAAGCUCAGCCUCAGUCUACCAAACAGGCGUCUCGAGCUCAAAUCCUAGACAAAGCCACAGAGUACAUCCAGUACAUGAGGCGAAAAAAUCACACGCACCAGCAGGACAUCGACGACCUGAAGAGGCAGAACGCCCUGCUCGAGCAACAAGUGCGCGCCCUGGAGAAGGUGAAGGGCUCCGCUCAGCUCCAGGCCAGCUACUCGUCGUCCGACAGCAGCCUCUACACCAACCCCAAAGGCAGCGCCGUGUCGGCGUUCGACGGCGGCUCCGACUCCAGCUCCGAGUCGGAGGCGGAGGAGCCGCCCAACAGGAAGAAGCUGCGCGUGGAGGCGAGCUAGAGGAGCCCCCCCCCCCCCCCCCCCCCGAAAACCCCCCCCCCUCCCCUCCAAUCCCCGACCACGACAGCCGAAAAACCGGGCUACGGUCGAGGAGGCGGCGGGGCGCGAGGGAGGGCGGGAGGAACCCUCCGAAGCUCUCGAGGCCCGUCCACCCCUCACAACGACGACAACGACGACAACAACAACAACCCCAGCCCGUGUGACCGCCGCCUCCCUGUCCUCUAUCUCCGGGUGGGCUCACACUGGAGACUCCCUCGAAUCUCCUCGCCCCACCACCACCACCACCACCGACGACGACGAAGAAGAAGAAGACGCCGCCGCCAUCCCCAAGCGUCUCUCCAGCCAGCCUCCAUCAAACAGGAGGGAAGAUGUGAAGCAGUGGCGGGAAACGACGUCCCUCCCAACCCCCCCCACUUCUUCCUCUCCUCGACUUUUGGUUCGGUCAUCGACUCCCUCCUCCUCCUCCUCCUCCUCCUCCUCCUCCAGCAACAUCAACAAUCCAAAACCCACAAAGAGGCAGCUUGGCUACUUACGGACUUGAUGCUUUUUUUUGUACCCUCAACAAAGCCCUUCCUCCUCCUCCUCCUCCCCCCUUUCCUCCCCUUUCCUCCCCCUGCCACCUUCCUAACCGUAUGAUUUUAUUUUAUUAUCUUUUUUCUUAAAGGGGGAGGAAGGGUGAGCCGGGUGUACUCUUCCAAGCACUGCUAUAUUAUAUAUUUUUUUGUUUAUUUUUUGUUAUUCUUGAUUAAAAAAAAAAAAAAAAAACUGUUUAGAAUUUAAACACACACACACACCUAGAUAAAAUACGAAUCGUCCUGGAAACCUUUUUAAAAAUAAUGAUCCAACAUUUGUAGCUUUUCCACUAAAGAAUGUGAAAGAGAAAAAAAAAAAAAACACUUUGAGGCCCGACAUGUUUUGUUAACACACACACACACUCGCACACACACGGAAAAUUAAAAAAAAAAACGUAAACUCCUUUGUUUAAAUUGAUGUUUUGAAAGGAGAAUUAUUCCUAAACUUGUAUCGUAUUUUGUCCUUUAGCUUGAAGUAGUGAAUGACUUUAGGUGGCUGAAUACAUCUCAUUUUUAUAUAAUCGAGAAAAGAAAAAGCAACGAUUGGAUGUUUUCAAGUUUAAAAAAAAUACUUUAUGAUUCUUUUUUUUGUUUUUUGUAGUACACAUCACACGAGUUGUGGGGGGGGAGACAAAAAAAAACGUGUAGUUUUCUUUGAGGCCGAGUUGAGAUCUGUAGGUAUUUGAAUGUCAGACAGGUAGCUCCCGUCUUUUUCUCUGUGAGCGGAGAACGACGACGAGGAGGAAGCGAAACGAGUCCCCGUCAAAUGUGUCGUGCUUUACACAGUUUAAAAAAAAAAACAAAUGAAAAACGGAAAAAAAUAAUCGAUGUUGCUGAAUCUGCCCCCCUCCCUCCCCCACCCACCACCACCCCUCCCACCCUUUGCCCCCUUUCGAGGAAAAAAAGGAAGCGUUAUUAUUUUAUUAUUUUUUUCUUUGCGUGUCUAGGAAAUGUGUGUGUAUGUAUAUUGUUUCCAUUUUAUUUCCAUUUAGGAGGAUAUAAUUAGUGUCGUAGGUCUUUGAUUCCAUUCCAUGGAAAUUACAAGUAUGUUGUACAUACUGCCAACAAUUGUCUUGCAAGUUGAGGCCUACCUUUACUAUGAGACUAUAAAAUAAACUAUUUUAUCCUUUAA